AUGAGUAACCCAAGACCCGAUAGCCCCGUCUUUGAGUUCGGCGAUGACGGCGGAAGGCCUAAAGUCAAUAAAUAUGUCACUACGAGCAAAUUCCGAGUUGAUGACAGCGUAUAUGUUGUAGAAGGCACGGCACGAGAUGGCCCAUACAAGAUUGAGAAAGUCCCGUAUGCCGGCAAACACACGUUAUGCUACGACAAUGGGCAGCCUGCGAAGAAUGGAGCCGAGUUUGCGGAAGAGAGCCUCGUGGCCGCCUGA